GGUGGGCAGUCACCCUCACGGUCAUUGCUCUGAAAGUCAAAAUCAGACUUUAUGCUAACAGAAAGAGGCAAACAAAAAAGGCUACCAAAAGCAGUUAGAUACCUCUUUAAAAGUUUCUUUUCCACCUUUAUUCCAGUAAGCCUGUUUUGGAAAUGUUAAAGAGACCCUCUUAUGGCUGCACAGGCCCAAUCCAACGGCUCUGACCCAGUUGGUUAUGAGGAAGGAUCAGGUCCACUUGCGAUGAUCAUUAUCCCAAGCUUGCUGGCUCUCAGCACCCUGAUUGUUGUGUCUCAGAUAAUAUGGAGCUUCGUUACCAAAAGAUUAUCAGCUCAGGUUAUCACAGCCUCAUCUUCAAAUGUAAAUGAAGGGGAGCCCGUACCCUUGGACACAGGCGUCGGGACUCUGCGGCCUGCACAGGAAGCUUUGGGUGUAUGGGAGAUACCUACUCAGUGCACCCUGGUGGCGGUUGAGCCGCUUCAGAUGGGACGUUAUGGGCCAAUCUGCAAGGGUCAGCUAAAACAAGACAACACAUCCACUGCUGCAGUGAUUAAAACUCUUAAAGACAGGUCAAAUCAAUCAGAGGCUACAGAAUUUGUGGAUUUCGUCCUCUUCCAUGCAACAGUGAGCAAACACGAGAAUAUAGUGAAGAUGUUAUACUGCCAGACAUGCCGGACACCCAUGUACUUGGUUUUGGAGGCAAGCUUUCCAGGAAACCUCCUGCAUUUCCUCUGGAGUCUUCGAGAAGACAGAUGUGGCGCAGGUGAUAACUUCCAAGUGUUUUCAGAGAGGUCUGUUUAUCUAGUAGCUAAACAGAUAGCAGCAGGUCUGGACUACUUACACUCCUACCACAGAAUUAUUCAUGGGGAUGUUGCAGCCCGGAACAUGUUGAUCGGUUCAGGGCUCUCCGUCAAAGUAUCUGGAUUGGAUUGGGCUUUUAAGUGCCGCCAGAUGAGAAUGGUGGACAAGGAACAAGAAGUCAAUGUGCCGGUAAAAUGGCAGGCGCCAGAACGGAUAAUGAGGCUUCCUCUAACAGACAGGAGUGAUGUAUGGUCUUUUGGAAUCCUGCUUUAUGAGAUGAUAUCCCUGGGGUCUCCUCCCUAUCCUGACCUGGAUCCGUCUGAAGUGCUGCCCGACACUUUAGCACAUUACCGGAUGAAAAGACCAGAAAACUGUGGAGCCCCAUUAUAUGACUUAAUAAAGUACUGCUGUAUGUGGAACUUCAAGGACCGGCCUGUGUAUUCUGCCAUUAUCCGGCUUCUAGACUCAUACAAGUACCUCGCUGACACAAAACCACUUCGCUCUGAACAACAAAUGGACAUCUGUGAAUACAGGAGGAAAGCAGGGCUGCCUCAGUGAGAUCUACACAUUCAGAGGAUUUCAAAUGUAUCAUUUCUACAGUGCGUAAAAAUGGCAAAAUAGAUUCCGUUCCAUUAAGACUAACAACAAUUUCAGCUAGUUUGUAACUUUGUAGAGACCAAAGAACCCCUUAGCAUUCUUAAGGUGUCUUUUGAAUGGUAUUUGUACCACGGGUGGUACAGUGAGUGGAAUGCUAACAGGCUAGCUAUGUCAUGACGAGCAGAACGUCACUAGAUGUCGCCCUAUCAACGUUUUUUGGCUAAAUAUAUUAUUGCUACUAAUCUAAAAUCAAAAAGUACUUUCAGAAUCUGUCAUUUUAAUUUCUGUUUUUGAUUAAAGUGGUGGCUAAUGCCAUGUUAUUUAUUUAUCUAAUGCCACAUUACGACAGAUUUAUUGUGUUAGCAACUGUAACUGUAGCAAGGGGUAUAAAAAGAGAAAUGAUAUUUACUGUAUGUUAUAGUAUAUGCCGCUGUGCCAGAGUUUUACUCAAAGUUUAAAGUUUAUCUAGCCAGUAUAGGUGUACUUAAACUGAAAAUAAUAUUUUUUAAAAACAUUAACUUCACUACAGUAUUAACAAGUAAAAAGGCCUGAGUAUUUUUUAUAGCUGUUUCUGGUUUCAGUGUUUCACCUACAUCUCUAUACAAGCUUUUUCUUUUGUACUUGUCUUACAAUACUUUUGGCAGCACUUUAUUUUACAGUCCUGUUCCCCAUACUAUGAACUUAUUAUAGUAAUUGCAAUAUCCAAUUUAUAACUAGGUAUUGUCUAACCCUGAACCUACCCCUAAACCUAAGCUUAACCCAUGUAGUUAGCCUACCUUAUAUUACCCAGUACUCUCUUAGGUAAAUAUACUGCAAGUACACGCAAUGUAAAAUAAAGUGCAACCACAAUUUUCAUGUUACUUUCUGCUUUGCUAAAGUAAUAUAAGUGAGAUUUUCCCAUUAAAAUAACUUGGUAAAACAACCUGA